GGAAAUUAGAACUACAAUUCCUGGUGGAAUUACUUGAAAAAGAAAAUGAACAAAAGACUGCAGAAGAUGAUGAAAUGGUAGAAAUGGCAAGAGAAAAGAUCACAGCCAUUUAUGGAGAAGUGGGGCUGGAGAAAAGUUACAGUGAAUUGUUGGAGCCCAGAGAGUUUCCUGAGAUUCCCCACACAGGCAGGAAGACUAUGAAUUUUGACACUGCCCAAGAACUGUCUCGAAGCAUUGGAUGCUACAUUCAGAGUGAUAAAAAAGCAGAGCAGCAGUUCUGGCCUCUUGUGAAGCGAGUCACCAUCUCCUUGCCACAGUCUCCAGCUCUACUGGAGGGGAUUGUGCUGGUGGACCUGCCUGGGGCCGGAGAUGUCAGUAAACACAGAAGUGAGAUGUGGAAAGAGUGUCUCAGCCAGUGCUCCUCUGUCUGGAUUGUGAAUGAGAUGAACCGUGCCCUGUCUGAGAAAGUUGCCAACGAGAUCUUUGAUGAAUCACUGAGACACGUUGCUGGAGGAGGAGAGUGUCACAACAUCACCUUCAUCUGCACCAAAACAGAUAUCAUCAACCCCGAGGAGAUCAAAGAGAAUUAUCAUCUCUCAGAUAAGGAUCUUGAAAUAGAAUGUGAUACUAAGGUAAGUAGAGGUUAUAUAACUAUUGAAUACUUCAUGGGGAAUAUUUAAUAUUUGACAUUUAACAUUAAUACAUAU